AAGAAAUGAUAUAUGUUGAGCUGUAGAGAGCUCCAGAGUAAGAAAGAAUAGAAAUCUGAAUUGUAAGUUGCAACCCUUUCCAAUGUUACUGUGCAUGGGACACAGAAUUGGGUACUCACAAAUCCCUUUUUAGUUUUUCUUAAUCUUCUUCUCCCACACAAUCUCAUUCUCAUUUCUUUUAGCCUCCACCUUAAAUGCUGCACUUUUCCACGCUCCUCAUUUCCAUUCCCAUAUUCUAGGUACUGUAUCGCUUCCUUCUCUUUCUUCAAGUUUCUGAAUUCAACAACAUUUGCCCAUAAUUCUCUUUCUUGAAGACACCCCACUUCUUGAUUCUCGCUUUCCCAGCUUCAUGUAGCUGUCCCGGAUCUUGGGUUUCACACCAAACUUGGUGUAAAUCUUGAAUUCCAAUGAAAUAACCUUUUUUUUUUAUUUUUUUUUAUUUCUUGGCCCCAAAAUGGAGAUUUCCUGUGAAGGUUGUUCUCCUAGGAUUAGGUCUGAUUAUUCGAGGAAAGAGGGAUCCGAGGGAACCCCUUUUCAGCCGUUGGAACUCUCUGAUCGUGAUCACAGUUAUCAAAUCCAAUCCAUGAAUGCUUUGGAUAUUCUGAGAGAGACUGUUAGGAUUCUUAGGUUCAAUUCGUGGGGUUUCAUGGCAAUCACUGUUCUGCUUAUUUGUCCUGUUUCUGCAGUGCUUUUGUCUAAUGUAAUAGUGGAUCACUCCAUAGUGAGGAGUCUCUCUGUUAGGCUUAUGUUGGUUGCACAGACUAGUGGUCUCCCUCUGAGACCAAUCAUCAAACAAUCAUGUCAGCGAUUUGCGGAAACCGUGGUUUCUUCGGCCAUGUGCUUUCCUUUGUAUGCUACAUUGUUGGUGUUGUCCAAGGCUGCAAUUGUCUAUUCUGUAGAUUGUACUUAUUCCAGGAAGAAGUUUGAUGCUUCCAAGUUUUGUGUGAUUGUUGCCAAGUUUUGGAGGAAGAUCCUGUUCACAUAUAUGUCGGCUUGUACAGUUAUAGUUGGCUGCAUCACCAUGUUCUGUGUUUUCCUUGUGGCGUUUUGCAGUGCAUUGUCUGUUCUUGGCUUUUCACCAGAUGUUGUUGUGUAUUGUGCAAUGUUGGUUGGGCUGGUUUUCUCAGUUGUCUUCGCCAAUGCCAUAAUCAUAUGCAACAUUGCAAUGGUGAUCUCGGUGCUUGAGGAUGUUUCCGGAGCACAGGCGAUGCUGCGGUCGAGUAUUUUGAUCAAGGGUCAAACUCAGGUGGGUUUGCUGAUAUUUCUUGGAUCGACAAUUGGAAUGGCCUUUGUGGAGGGCUUGUUUGAGCACAGAGUAAAGACUUUGAGCUAUGGCGACGGAUCUUCGAGAGUGUGGGAAGGGCCACUCCUGGUGGUAAUGUAUUCAUUUGUGCUGCUUAUAGAUUCCAUGAUGAGUGCAGUUUUCUAUUUCAGUUGUAGAUCUUUUAGCAUGGAGUCAGCAACAGAUGGUGAAGGCAACUCAAUUUUGGAAACUAUGGCCAUAUCUGCUGAAUCAAUUGGCAUUCAAUGAUAUUGCCAGCAUGAUAUUGAUUAUGUCAAUUGAAUCAAUAAGAUGAAAAGGGAAUCUGUAAGAGAUUGUUCCCAGCAAAUUGUGGUGCCAUUGAGGAACCUUGCAACAAUACUUCCUCAGAACAUUGGAUAGAAGAGCUAUAUAGGGUGGAUGACUUUGGAUGGCUUUUACCUUGAUGAAAUAGCUCAUUUCAGCGUACGGAAAUUGCUUCUUUUAGUUGUAGUACAAACAUGGAGAAACAUAAAAGCGGAGUAAAUGUAUUUGUUUUCUGAGUGUUAGUAGAAAAGCUAAUAUUUUAUAGACAAAUUGAAGAGAUUAUUUUGAGUUGAAGCACAUUUUUAUUGUUCCCUGAUGAUACACAGUUACGUCCAAUCUUUU